AUGACUUGCGGAAUCUCAUGUGUGGACAAUGCGCUUAACAAAUCUUUUUUUAAGCUGGGUCUCUUCAUAGGAAGACAUCCUGGCUAUUUUCUGAUCGUACCGGUGCUACUAGCACUCUUGUGUAUGACUGGAUUUCAGCAAAUAAAAUACGAAAUUGAUCCAGAGUAUUUAUUCUCACCUAUUCGGGGUGAGGGCAAAUCGGAACGUGCCAUCGUUGAGAGUUAUUUCAAGGUUAACUAUACGCACCGUUUCAACGUUGGCAGAAUUACUCGACCGGGACGUUUUGGUCGAGUAAUUGUCAUCUCAAAGGACGAACACAAUAAAAAUUUGUUACGAAGUGAAGUUUGGCGGGAGUUACGACUACUAGAUGGAGUAAUACAAAAUGCUACUGUUCACUAUGACGGAGAAACCUUCACCUACCGAGAAGCAUGUGCUCGAUGGGAAAAUGAAUGUUUUACGAACGAUAUUCUUAAUUUGGAUAAAAUUAUCGAUGAAGUUGAAGCAGGUGACUUGAAUCUUACCUUUCCAGUCAUGUUCAAUCCGGUAACGUGGGAUGCGCAUGUAUUUCCGGUAUUCUUUGGGGGAACACAGGUAUCGGAAGAUAAUCUCAUCAUUUCAGUGCCAUCGCUACAGCUGGUAUAUUUUGUAACGGCUGAUUCGAAACGUCAGGAUGCUCGUGGUGCAGCUUGGGAAGAAGCCUUCCUAGAAGCUGUUGGGUAUGCGGAAGAUAAUGAAGUAUUUAAAUAUAUCACAGUUGCGCGUUUUGCUUCGCGGACUCUUGAUCAUGAACUUGAACGAAACACGAGAACUGUAAUUCCAUAUUUUAGCUCAACAUUUAUUUUGAUGAUAGCAUUCAGCGUCAUUACAUGCAUGAUGGGUGACGUGGUACGAUCCAAACCGUGGCUAGGGUUGAUGGGUAACGUGUCAGCUGUAAUGGCAACCUCUGCUGCCUUUGGAUUGGCCAUGUAUCUGGGCAUCGAGUUCAUCGGAAUCAAUUUGGCGGCACCGUUUCUUAUGAUUGGUAUCGGGAUCGAUGACACCUUCGUCAUGUUAGCAGCAUGGCGACGAACGUCCGUGAAGCUAUCCGUCCCGGAACGCAUGGGUCAUAUGAUGUCUGAGGCGGCUGUUUCUAUCACUAUCACCUCACUGACCGACAUGAUUUCUUUUUGGAUUGGCAUCCUAAGUCCUUUUCCGUCAGUUCAAAUUUUCUGUGCUUACAGCGGCUUCGCUGUGUGCUUUACCUAUCUGUGGCACAUCACGUUCUUCGCCGGUUGCAUGGCCGUUUCUGGGCACUGUGAGUUUAAAAAUCUACAUGCCAUCUUCGGAUACAAGGUUCUCCCGGAAUCGGUUGCUAUAAAAGAAAAUCGAUCGUGGCUCUUUCGAAAACUCAACACGGGUGGAAUCAACCGGGAAGAUCCUGAUAAUCCCAUUGAUAAUCGUGAACAUGUUCUGAUGGCUUUCUUUCGCGAAAAAAUGGCAUGCUUACUAAACAAGGGAUGGACCAAAACUAUAAUUUUGGUUAUAUUUGCUGCUUAUCUGGGAGGUGCCUGUUUUGGUCUAACCAAGAUCAAAGAAGGCCUGGAGCGUCGAAAACUUUCCAAAGCAGACUCGUACUCAGUAAAUUUUUUUGAUUUGGAAGACGAGUACUAUCGAGAGUUUCCAUACCGUAUACAGGUGAUUGUCACUGGCAAUCUCAACUACUCUGAUCCUCAUACGCAGAUGCAAAUUGAGGACUUGAUGCAAUCACUUGAGAACACCUCCUAUGUCACUUCACCGUUAUAUAGCGAAUCAUGGUUACGGUCAUUCAUUUCAUACGUAGAUCGGAACAACGACUAUCUAAAUCUGACCCUAGAUAGCGAGCAAGCGUUUAUCGAUGCACUGAAAGAGAUUUGGCUAUUCCCAGCAAAUCCCUUUUCGUUGGAUGUUAAAUUCAACGAAGCUGGCACAGAAAUACUAGCAUCACGUUUUAUGAUCCAAGCUGUAAAUAUUACGGAUACAAAUCACGAAAAGGUUAUGGUGAAGGAUUUAAGACAAAUCUGCAAGGAAUCCCCUUUGAACGCUACUGUUUUCCAUCCAUAUUUUGUAUUCUUUGAUCAGUUUGAGCUCGUAAGGCCUACCUCGAUACAGUCAAUGAUAGUCGGUGCACUGAUCAUGAUGCUAAUUUCGUUUAUAUUUAUUCCCAACUUUCUCUGCUCAUUGUGGGUCGCUUUUUCUAUUAUAUCCAUUGAGUUGGGUGUUGCUGGGUAUAUGGCUCUUUGGGACGUUAAUCUGGACUCUAUUUCCAUGAUUAAUCUUAUAAUGUGCAUCGGAUUCUCCGUAGAUUUUACCGCACACAUUUGCUACACUUACAUGUCCUCAAAAGCACGUACACCUGACGAGCGCGUGCGAGAAGCUCUCUACAGCCUGGGCAUGCCAAUAGUGCAGGGCAGCAUUAGCACUAUCCUUGGCGUAGUCGCGUUAUUGCUAGCGGAUAGCUACAUCUUUCUCGUAUUUUUCAAAAUGGUCUUUUUGGUAAUUUUCUUUGGCGCAAUGCACGGCCUGUUUCUGUUGCCUGUGUUAUUGUCCUUGUUUGGUCCAGGAUCAUGUACUUCACGCUAUCGUUCAGAGGAUGAUAACAAGUUAUCAUCGGUGGAGAAAACAUAUCCACAUCCUUACUGUAUAUCGCAUCCGCAAUUGGCCUUGACAGGGGCUUUUGGAAGUAAAAAUUUCCUCGGUGCACCGUAUAAAGCGUACGGAGAGGAUAAAGAUUUAGGCAUUGGUACAUCUGGAGAAGAUUCAAGCGAAAGUUCAAGUAGCAAAUCUCAGAGGCGCCAAGCAAUUGAAGAUGAAAAUACACGACGACGCUACGAGGAAGGCUGGAGACGUUCGACGCAUAACCUCACUGGACAGAGCCAGUUUCAGCCCAUGCUUGAUUUGUACGGACAAGAAGCUUUUUGGACUAAAACCACCAACAAAGUUCCAUUGAAGAUUGCAAACAGCCGAUACGGUUACGAUGACAUGAUGCUUAAUGGCGCACCAAACCAAUCUAGUGCCAAACAGCAACGAUCAGCGGAAUUCGAGCUCGAUCGUCCGGACGAUCGUCCUAAUUGCAGGAAAUCAGACGACGAACGCUUUAAAUCGCGUUACGAAGACAAUCGAACGUUUGUUGACGAUGAAACGAUUAAUGAUACCGAUUAUCAGCACACUAAUCGCUACUACGUAUACGAUACCAGUCAUGUGAAGCGACUUUCUAAUGAAAACGUUCCUGCAGCAAACAAAAACAACUCUAGCAAUACUGGAUUCCACCAUUUUCACCACGGUAGCAACGGCAGUCCUGCGAAUGAGCAUCAAACGAGUAACAUAAGCCGUAGAAAGUAUUCCGAUGAAAGUGACAAGCGUCGACGUCACAGUGACGAGAGACGUCCUCGAAAGUUUUCCCCACCGGAAGGAAUCUACAAACAGAAUCCGCAUCGUUCAUCAUCUCAACAUAAUCUCUAUUAUCCACGACAACCACCCCAGCGGACCACGUCUCAGACUAAUCUAAAUCAACUGCGGCAUAUGGGCGACAUGAGAUUUCCGUAG